UGAGUGAGAGAGACCUGGGUUAGCAAAAUUGAAGCCUUUCUUUAUUUUGAGGCAAGUUGUCAGAAGAAAGUGCCGGCAGAUUACCUGAAAUACCUAAAGAUAGAUAGAUAGAUUUUAAUAAUUAAAAAAAAAAAAAAAAAAGAUUACCUGAAAUACCUUAUGGCUGAGGGCAAGCAAAACUUGGGGGCAUCUGAACCCCAAGUCUCCAGGCUUGUCAGGCAUCUCACUUGCAGGCUUAAAGGAUUUGGGACCAUCUGAAGCCCCAAGGCGGGGGGUGGAGGAUGUUUGCCAGUAGGAUGUUUGCCACUUUUGGUUCUGGACUAAAGGAUUUGGAAUGGAUUUGGCCAAUCUGGCUUGGAAUGUGAAAACAUUUUUAAAAAAUUAUUACCUGAAAUACCUGGCAGGGGAGAUACCAUGACUGCUAAGGUGGUUUUCCUAGGGACAGGGGAAGACUACUUUUUUGGCAGGGGGUAGCACUUUGACCAAGGUAAGGCAUAGUUUUCCACUUCCAAUUCCAGUGGGAAGAUCUUGGCUUUGUGCCCAUUUUAUGGAUGUGGCAGACUGCUCCUGUGGCCAUAUAUAUGGCUGAGGGCAAGCAAAACUCUGGGGGGCAUCCAAACCCCAAGUCCUCAGGCUUGGGCCUGUGCAGAGGAUGCUUACCAAAGGGUUUGGAAGCAUCUGCAGCCCUGGGCGGGUGUAGGGGAUGUUUGCUGAUGGUAGGGACACAUACAGUUCUUGAAUGACUCCAUUGAUUUGGAAUUGGUUUGGCUUGGAACAUGAAAAAUUUUCCAAGAAGAAGACAGAGGAUGUCCAGGACAGUCUCCCGGUGGCAUAGAGGUAUUCUGAUGGGUGGCCCAAGCAGAAUUUCUAGCCAUAAUUCCAGUCUGAAAGCCAGAUCCUUAUUCAAGCCAUUAUACUUAGUAUAGUGGGGAUGGGGGCUCUUUGUUGGCAGCCUGGCACAGCCAAACCAUGCUUUAGGCCAGGUGGGACUGUGGCCAGGGUUCUUUGGGACAGUCCCCCAGUGGCAUCGCAGUGAAGUUUGGGGUGGCCCAAGAAGUAUUUUGCCCCAUAAUCCCACCCUAAUCUGACCUUCAUUUAGGGCUCUGUACUUGAUGUGGAAUAUUAUUUUACAUAUUAAUUAGUAUAUAUGCAUAGCUAAUGAAAUUCUCUCUCUUUAGGAUGUGGAAUUCAUUAAUAACAAGUUUUUAUUGGGUCUAGAUUAGCUUUGAAAAAGGAACCGGGAAUAAAGAAUAUGGAACCAGGAAUAAGGAACUGGGAAAAAGGAACCAAAUUCAGCCUCAUCAUUGGGCAGUAGUGGUGGCACUGAGCAGCAGGUGGCAGCACAGGGUGGUGGGUGGCAGCAGCAGUGGCUGUUACGUGCGGCCGCCUCCUCCCCCUGUAUCCGGCUGGCUGGGUGGCGUUGUGCGGCCCACAGAGGGGCACCGCUCCCCUCGCCCGCCCACCCCAGGCCUGGUCCUGGAAGUGGGCACAGAGACAUAUUUCUCUCCUCCUCCAUUCAGACCCUUUAUGCCUUACUGCCACUGCUUGUUUUGAGAGCAGUGUGAUGGCCAUGUACGUUCUGUUGCUGGGCGGGCAGCAGGCCGGCAGUGAGCUGCCAAGCAGCAGGAUGCACAUGGCAUCGCACCGCUCUCAAAGCAGUGGCAGUGAGGCACAGAGGCAGAGCAGAGCCCAGUCCACCUUCACCCUGUACAUAGAUAAGGGGGGUACAUGCUCCCCCGUGGUGCAUGCAGCAGUGGAAGCCCUCCCCCACCCCCUUCCCCCGUGCCCCUGGAUGCACCACCAGGCUCCUAUUGUCCCAUGGCCUGGCCUGGUCUGGUCUGGCCUGGCCUGGCCUGGCCUGGCCUGAGCCACUUCCUCCUGCAUUGUGGGGGUCUUGAUCUGCGCCCCCCUGCCGCUCUUUCCUUCUCUCCAGACCCUGCCCAUUCCUCCCACACACACUUGCCUGCUGUGGAGGUUGUCUGUAUCUGUGUGUCUGUCUGUCCCCUGCCUGCCCAGUGGCAGCAGGCACAUAGUGUCAUGUGGCUCUUGGGGCAGCGGGGUGCAGAGUCCAGCCUGAAGCAGCAGCUACCUCUGCCCUGCACACGGAUCUGGGGAGCGCAUGGUUCCUGGGCCUACACUGAUGUGCAUGUAGUGGCGGGAGCUGGCCACCCCUCCGCUGCACCCCCUGGACAAUCCACUCUUGCAGCUUCAUCCUGUGCUCCGCCCUGGCUGUACAGCACCUGCCCCAACCCCACUCCCUCUCUCACCGUGUGGGCCUUGAUCUGCCACCACCACCUCUUAAAAACGAGAAAAAAAGAUACAGGCGUACGUGAGCUGAAACUUUGAGGCAGAAGGGGUACACUUGUUUAAAAAAGUUUGAAAAGCCCUGGACUAAGUGAUAGAGAAGAUGAGAGAGGAGGAAGAGAUGGACAGAACACAACACAAAAAUGGUAAUGUCGCAGAGCACUCGGGUGCACUGCUCCUAAGAAGGGAGAAAACUGCUAGGGAAAGAGCCCUAGCAGUGAGUGACGAGCCCAGCUGCUGUUUGCCAGGGCAACCAGAAGAGGUCAGCUAACCAGGAAAGGCAGGGCCUGGCUCUCAUAUAAAGCCCAGGGGCUGAGGCCAGGCUACCACUUCCCUACCAGCAACCAGGGGGAAUGAGCUCUCCCGGAGCAAAGCUGAGAGGAGAGGCCUGACUGCAGGUCAUAAAUUCGAGUCAUGUUACAAAUGAGAAGGUUACGGACUUUGCUGCAUCAAGUUACACGCAACUUGGAGGAAAAAGAUAACACUGAUAGUCUCCAGAAAGAGAUUUCAUUUUUGGACCCUCCUCCGGAUGGAGGUUGGGGAUGGGUUGUAGUGCUGGCUGCAUCUACACAUGCUUUGCUUGUCAGUGGAUUCCAUUCUGCUUUUGGUGUUUACAUGGUAUCCUUACUUGAGACCUUCAAGUCAAGUAGUUCACAGACAGCCUGGAUUGGAUCACUCAGUUAUGGCUUCAUCAUGAUUUUUGGUCCUGUUUCUGGAAAACUUCUGCAGAAAUAUGGAGCCAUAAAAGUAGCAGUAUUUGGAGCUCUAAUUAUGAUUGCAGGUGUCAUUUCUUCAUCUUUUGCUCAUGAUAUAAGUAUUCUGUUUUUAACCCAUGGCCUCUUAGUGGGUAUAGGAUCAAGUUUUGCUUAUACUCCAGGUAUGAUAAUGGUAAGCCUUUACUUUACCACAAAGCGAUCGUUUGCAACUGGGAUUGUGAUGGCUGGAGGGGCAGCAGGAACACUAGUUCAGAAUCAGGUGCAUCGAUAUCUAAUCCGGACGCUUGGAUGGAGAACUAGUCUACGUGUGUUUUGUGGAAUUCUGGCAAUAGGCAUUUUUGCUGGGUUUGCCUACAGACCACUGGAAAAACGAAGACAUCAAAGUGUUGUUGAAAACUUUCAGACAUCACCAUUAAGAGGUUUUAUAGUUGAUCUAAGAUUAUGGAAGAACAGUGUCUUUGAGCUCUGGGUGUGCGCUCUUGGAUUAGCAAAAUUUGGAUUCUUCAUACCUUUUGUUCAUAUGAUGAAGCUUGCAAAUGACUUGGGCAUUUCAUUGGAUGAUGCACCAUAUAUUAUGGUAGGAACUGGAAUAAGCAGCCUGCUUAGUUGUCUUUUCUUUGGAAAGAUUUGCGAUUCGGAGAAUAUUAACCGUCUUUUUAUUAACCAGGCAUCUGUAUUUUGUGUUGGUGUGUUAUUUUUGCUUAUACCUUUUUGUAAAACACUUACAUCUCUAAUUGCCUUUGGCACCCUUCUGGGAUUUUUCGAUGCAGGAAACUAUGUUCUUUUGCCUGUGCUGACUUUUGAUUUAAUGGGAGCAGAGAAAAUGCCAGUUGCUUGGGGUUUUAUGAUGGCUGUCAAUGCAAUUAGUUGUUUUGGUCCACCAUUUGCAGGCUGGAUAUAUGACAUGUUGGGGAGUUACAACAUUGGGUUUGUAGUCCCUGGGCUUUUCUCUGUUGGAGCAGCAGGUAUUCUUGCUUUCAUUCCCCAGCUGAAGAAAACAGCAGUACAAGAGAAGAAAAAUAUUAUUCAUGCCUCUGUUUGUGAGAUAACAAGCAGUAUAAUACCUUGGGGGUCAUCAUCUAUUUCAGAAGGGACGCUAAAUAAUUUUGAAACAAGGCGUUCCAUUCCUGUGACUUCAAACACAGAUAUAACAGAAGAUGAAAAAGGAGAACCUUCAGGUUUAGCAAAAGAACCUGAGACUCCUGCUCCCUACGAAAAAGAACACAAUGUAGUUUUAAGUGAAGAAGAAGAAGAAGAAGAAGAAGAAGACAUACAUGAAGUAUCAAGUACCACCACUAGUACUUAAAUCAAUGGUAUUAAAAUGAUUUUCAGUUGAUAUUUAGCUAUACAGCUUUCCAAUAUGGUCUCAGUGAAUGCAAUGGUCAGGAUCAAAGGAUAGUGACAGACUGAUGAGAUGCAGCUUAUCUGUACAUUUAUGUAUUUAUUUUUAGUAUAUCCUAAACUGAUAGAGAAUUGGUUACCAUUUGUUUGAUCAUACAUCCUUGAAUAUACUUGUUUUAAUUACACUUCUGUUUUGUAAUUCAGAUCUACAAUCAGUUUGUUGAACUUCCUGUAUUAAAUAUUUGUAAUAUAUUUAAGAAUUUUAAAAUAUGAACUGCGGUGGGAAUUAGAACAUUUCUCAAAUGUUACAUGUUUUUAAAUUGCAUCUAAAUUAUAUUUUAAGUUUUAUUAUCAAA